GAUUGGUAUUAAGUAGUGGGAAGUCAGGAGUAUUUAAACUCACUGAUCUCCAAUCAUCAUUACACAAUUCAACAUGGCAAGUUAUCAAGUAACUAUCAGCCUCUUGGCAAUUCUCAUCAUUUCUGCAUGUGCAGAACCACUUAGACAAAGACGACAUGUACCAUCUAGUAGCUCAAGUUCAUCAUCAUCAUCAUCAUCAAGUGGUUACAAUGGAAAAACACAAACUAAAACAGACACAAAAGUCAGUGGUGGUGGUACUGCUGAUGCAAACGCAGUAGCAACAAGUGAUGGUAUAUACUAUUCUGACGGUGGUGCACCGGCUGGUGCUGGUGGACACCAACAUGGUGGUUCUCAAGGAGGAUAUGGUUCAGGAUGGCAACAGGGAGGUUCACAAAGUGGAGGAUACGGUAGUGGAUACCAACAAGGUGGAUCUCAAGGAGGUGCUGGUGGUUACCAACAAGGAGGUUCACAAAGUGGAGGAUAUGGUAGUGGAUACCAACAAGGAGGCUCACAAAGUGGAGCCAGUGGAUGGCAACAGGGAGGUUCACAAAGUGGAGGAUACGGUAGUGGAUACCAACAAGGUGGAUCUCAAGGAGGUGCUGGUGGAUACCAACAAGGAGGUUCACAAAGUGGAGGAUAUGGUAGUGGUUACCAACAAGGAGGCUCACAAAGUGGAGCCGGUGGAUGGCAACAAGGAGGCUCACAAAGUGGAGCUGGUGGAUGGCAACAAGGAGGUUCACAAAAUGGUUAUGGCAGUGGAUACCAACAAGGAGGUUCACAAGGUGUUUCCGGUGGAUUCCAACACGGAGAAGGUAGUGCACACGGUUCUGCACACGGUGGAUCAGGAGGUUCAUCAGGUGCAAAUAGCAAUUCAAACAGCAAUGCUAAAACCGGUGCUGGACCAGCAAACUCAAACUCAAACAGUAAUGCCGCAGCAGGAAAAGGACCAGCCAGUUCUAACUCAGAUAGUAACGCUUCAUCCGCCGGUGGACCUGCCAAUAGCAACUCCGGUAGUAAUGCCGCUGCCGCUAAUGGACCCGCCAGUAGUAAUUCCAACAGUAAUGCUGCUGCUGGUAAGGGACCUGCCAACAGUAACUCCAAUAGUAAUGCCGCAGCUGGUAAUGGACCCGCAAAAUCAAACUCCAAUAGUAACGCCAAAGCCGCUCAUGGACCCGCAAAUAGCAACUCCGGUAGUAAUGCUUCAGCCGCCAAAGGAUCAGCCGAUUCAAGCUCAAACAGUAACUCUGAAUCCGGAUAUGGACCAUCAAAUAGUAACUCCGGUAGCAAUGCUUUCGCCGGAAAUGGACCUGCUAAUUCAAACUCAAACAGUAACGCUAAAGCCGCACAUGGACCAGCAAGCAGUAAUUCCAACAGUAACGCCGAAUCUGUUAAUGGACCAGCCAAUGCCAACUCAAACAGCAAUGCCGUCUCUGGAGAUGGACUAAGCUAUGGUGGUGUUCCCCAAGGUGCACAAUGGCAGAGUCAAUCUGGUAACACAAAUGUAAAUUCUAAUGGUCACCGCGGAGCUGGUUAUUCAUCGGGUCAAUAUGAAAGUGGAUACUCUGGUAGUGGACAAUCUGGAUACGGACAUAGUAGCGGAUAUGGCAGCGGACAAUCUGGUAGUGGACAAGCUGGAUACGGACAAGGUAGCGGAUAUGGUAAUGGACAAGCUGGAUAUGGACAAGGUAGCAGUUAUGGCAAUGGACAAGCUGGAUACGGACAAGGUAGUUCUGGUAAUGGAUAUGCCGGUGGAUCAUCUGGAUACGGACAAGGAAAUUCUGGUAGCCAAUAUGGUGGUGGACACUCUCAUGGUGGACACUCUAAUGGUGGAUACGGAGGUGGAUACCCCAAAGGAAGUGGAACUGGAAAUGCAGUUGCAAAUGCUAAUGCAAAUGCAAAUGGUGGUAAUGCAAUAGCUAAUGCAAAUGCCAAUGCCAACGGAGGUCCAAGUGAAUAUGGAUUAUUCUCUCGAAUUGGUGAAGAUGCUGACAAAGAUGCAGCUACUACUGGUACCAGUUCAAGUUCAAGCUCUGCAAAUGGUACCAGCAGCUCUAGUUCAAGUUCAAAAGAUGGAGUUUCAACAUCAAGCUCAAGUGAUGGAUCAUCUGCAAAUACAAACAUUGAAAAUGCUAAAGGUGUAUACAGCAGCAGCUCAGCUAAAGUUGAUGAUACUGGCAAAGGAACUUAUCAUAUUGAAGCAGGAAAAAUUAAUUAAAUAUCAUAAAUUAAUAAUCACUAAAUCGUGCCAUCAAUCAUGUAUUAUAUACUAAAAAAAACCUAUUGCAAAAUAAAAUCAACUUGUUUGUUAUAUAAUAUAACGUUACCAUAAUAAUUGUUGUUAUUUUUUUGAAAAAUUUAUUUUACAUUGAAAGAAAUUUAUGCGAAAAAUAUUACGUGAUGAUAUCAAAUUCAUCACAAAACUUUUUCUUUUUUAUGUUUAAUUUAUAAUUUUAACCUUGGCAUAAAUCAUUAAAGAGAUUGAAAUCACUCUGCUUAGAAACAAAGUCCAGUAGAUAAAAUAGAUUCAAGUUGUUGAAAAUUAAUUUGUUAUAAUUUUAAAAAUACAUUCAAGUAUGAUUAAAUUAAUUAUAAUAUAUGUAAAGAAAAACAAAUAAUAUUGUUUUAUUAUUUUGAAGGUAAUGUAAAUAUAUUUUUCAUGAAGAUAAAAUUUUGAUUACGUUAUUGUUUGAUCUACGAUGUAUUUUUCAUGAAUUAUUUAUUAAUUUUUUGCUUCAUAUAUAUUUAAUUUAGUGAGUCAUAAAAAAAAAAAAAUUUUCAACAUAAAUUAAUAUUAAAAAUAAUAUUUAUAUAUUAAUGGAAGUCAGGGAAAUAUUUAUUUUUUAUCUUUUUCAUUUUGAUGUUUAAUGAGGGCCAAAUUAAAUUCCCAUUAUAGAUUAGUAUGUAAUAGUUAUGCGAGAGCGUAGACUAUUAUACAAAAAUGAGGUGUCUUAAUUUAUUUUUGUCAAAAAAAAAAAACUAAUAUCAUCUCAAAGUCAAAUUAUCAC